GGCGGGUCAUCCCUGCUUCUCCUCGGGUCACGUGUGGCAGGAAGUGGCUCCUGCUGCAGAGUUUUCGGGAUGGGGACCUCCCUGGACAUUAAGAUUAAAAGAGCGAACAAGGUUUAUCACGCCGGGGAGAUGCUCUCAGGCGUGGUGGUCAUCAGCGGGAAGGACCCCGUGCAGCACCAGGGCCUCUCCCUGACCGUGGAAGGCACCGUGAACCUCCAGCUCAGCGCCAAGAGCGUGGGUGUGUUCGAAGCUUUCUACAACUCCGUGAAGCCGAUCCAGAUUAUCAACAGCACCAUCGAGAUGGUGAAGCCGGGGAAGUUCCCCAGCGGCAAAACCGAAAUUCCUUUUGAAUUUCCUCUGCACGUGAAGGGGAACAAAGUUCUGUACGAGACCUACCAUGGCGUGUUUGUCAACAUUCAGUACACCCUGCGCUGUGACAUGAAGCGGUCGCUGCUGGCCAAAGACCUGACCAAGACCUGCGAGUUCAUCGUGCACUCUGCGCCUCAGAAGGGGAAGCUGACUCCGAGUCCCGUGGACUUCGCCAUCACGCCCGAAACCUUGCAGAAUGUCAAAGAGAGAGCCUUGCUCCCCAAGUUCCUGGUCCGGGGACAUCUGAACUCGACCAACUGCGUCAUCACGCAGCCGCUCACGGGCGAGCUGGUGGUGGAGAGCUCGGAGGCCGCCGUCCGGAGCAUCGAGCUGCAGCUGGUCCGCGUGGAGACCUGCGGGUGUGCAGAAGGCUAUGCCCGGGACGCCACCGAGAUUCAGAACAUUCAGAUCGCCGACGGGGAUGUUUGCCGGGGCCUCUCGGUGCCCAUAUACAUGGUCUUCCCCCGGCUGUUCACCUGCCCCACACUGGAGACCACCAACUUCAAAGUGGAAUUUGAGGUUAACGUCGUGGUGCUGCUUCAGGGCGACCAUCUCAUCACCGAGAACUUCCCACUGAAGCUCUGCCGGAUGUAGCCGGAGGGAGCACGGAGGUGCAGGGCGGGGCCCCUCCUGGAGCCGGAGCCGGAGCUGGAGCCACCGCAGGCCCAUCCUCAGGGAUUCUGGGCAGAUGUGGACCUGACCCCUUGGAUCUGGUCACCUCCUUCCUCGUGUCCUCCACGCUCCUGCUCCCAGCGGCGCCUUUCCUUUGAGAGUCAUCGGGACUUCCCAGUGUUCUUGGCAAGAUCAUUUCCUGUGGCUCCCGCCUUCCGGCUGCUCGUUAGGGGCUGAGGACAUGUCUGACCACAGUGUGAGCUUCGCUGGGGUUAGGUCCUGGGGACCUUAGGGGCCAGGCCUGUCUGACUGGGUCGCGCCGUGGCCGGGACUGCGAGCCCAGAGCCACUGCCAACAGGGAGCUCCUGGCUGGUGGCGCCCGCAGAUGCGCUCCGGGGAGGGGUGCCGAGUGGCCUCCACUGCAGGUGUGGGCAUGUAUUCCGCGCUGCCCUGUGGUUCUCCCACAUUUUUCAUGAGAACUUUAAAGUGUUCUUGCUGUCAUGGGGUGAGGGAGUUGGGUGACAAUGGCUGAAGUAGCAAGUCUCAGGACCUGGUAUGAAAUCUGGUGCCACCAUAUUCCCAGAAUGCACUUCCAUGCCAGCCUAUGUGAGGGGCACAUAUGUCCAUGCCUGGUGUCGGGUGCACUGGCUGGUGCCCUGGACCGAGGAACCCGGCCUCUGCGACCCAGAGACCUGUGUCAGCCAGACCCUCUGGUUCAGGGUGUGGAGAGCCUGUGACACCCACUGCCCACACCCCGCCCCGACCUGCAUUCUUCCCACCAGCACAGGGAACAGUCCUCAGAGUAAGCCCUGCGCUCUGCAGGCCGCCUGGCCUUCCCUGCCAGUCCUCCCUCCGGGCCGGGCUCCGGCCGGGCGGCUCAGGCUGGCGGCCAUGGUCCCCGCCGCCCCAGGUGAUGAGAGAGGCUGAGGGCCAGCAGCCGACUCAGGCCUCGCUUCAUCGGGGCCGUCGGUCCCCUCAGAGGACACUUCUGCGCAGUCUCCUGUUAUGCUCACAUGACACUAACAAUGACCUGUCUUUGAUGAUGUGUUCACAGUGGCAGAAAACAGGCUAUGCUUUUUGGUAAAUUUCAAAGGCGGAAAUCAUUUUUAAUGAAGAAUAAAAAGCUAAAUGAGAAUUUUGAAAAAUGGUUUGGGAUGUGUAUUGCUAUAAAUUGCUUUACUAAACCAGUUUAUGGAUACAAAUAUUA